AUGACUGCUGCUUACCUUGAAGUGACAGACCUGAACUCUAAGAAGCUCAAAUACAUUCCAGUCCCGAGGAGCAGCUCCAUGUCUCCCUACACUGUGUGGAUCUCAAAGGUCUCAGACACAGAUGUAGUGAUGGCUCCUCUGGGCUCUGGUGGAGUGGUGACUGUGGACAUCAGAUUAUGGAAAACAGGCCUUGACAACCUGCAGCUCUCUGCUGGAGUGGAGGAACAUGAUCGGAUCAGAAGAUGGCGGGCCAAUCCAGGAGGCAGAGAUUCAGCGGGUCUUGGAGGGAAGGGAGGCCCUUACCGUCUGGAUGCUGGACACAAAGUUUACCAGAUCUCUCAGGCGGAGAAAGACGCUGUGCCCGAUGAGUUGAAGAGAGCAGCACGGGAGAUGGCCGAGAAGGCUUUUAAGCAGAGGCUCAAGGAAAUUGAGAUGAAUGAGUAUGAUGCCACCACGUACAAGCGUUACUCAGGAGCGGUCAGACGUCAGGUCCAGUCGCUCCGCAUCAUUCUGGAAAGUCUGCAGGCUAAAGGGAAGGAGAGGCAGUGGCUGAGGAAUCAGGCUCUGGGUGAGCUGGACGAUGCUAAGAUCAUUGACGGCCUGACAGGAGAGAAAGGAUUUUAA